CUUGACAAGGACACAUCAAUGGUUUCGGCCCUUAACUCACUUCCCUUACUCAAUUUUUUCUAUUUUUAAUUUCACUUUUGUCUUUACCCUCGCCCUCCUCUCUUUCCCAGACUCAUUUCCUUUCAUUCCUCUUUGAUUUCAAACCUAGGGUUUCUACUUUCUUUCUUCAUCUUCAUCUUCAUCUUAAUGCGUCCAAGCAUAGCCUUGAAUUGCUUCAGAAUUUAUACAUUCCUUCCAAAGUAGGCUUUUGUCACCGUGAAAUUGUUCAGGCUCUAACUUAGGUUCUUCCUUUCGAUUUUUUGUCUUUCUCUGGUUCAGUGAUUUUGAUUUUGAUAUCCGAUUUAGAUUUUCUUGUUGGUCAGUUGUAGAUUUGGGUUUUAAACAACAGUUUAUACAGGAAUCUAGUGGAGUGUCACGCCCCCAAAUUUAGAGACACACGAAGCACUCCCGACCCAAAUUAAACCUAGGGCUUCCUGUUAUAUACACAUCCCGAGUCUUAUGGUGGUUUUGUAAUCUAAAUGUUGGAGUCAGAUUCAGAGUCAGUGACAUGGAUUGUUCUGGACCUUCUGGUAAUGGCAAAUGCAUAAGCAGGAGAAGGAAUAAGCCCCAUAUGUAUGAUCCUUCACCGCCAGCAUCAUCAACUCGCAGAGAUCGCCCUUACAAACGCUGCAGAGGUCGCCCACGAGGUUCUGGUCGGAAACAGACCGUUCAUUCAUUGCAUGUUCAAGGAGAGCUGGGAAUAGGAAAGGAAGGUGAAGCUUCAGUGGAGUCAUUAACCAGGUCAUGCAACAGGACCAAUGUUUAUAUUUCUCCAUCCCUCCGAUCCAAUGAUAAUAAUCAAUUGGAACCUUUACAAUUUGGCGAACAAGUUAUUCAUGUAAAUACAUCACCAGUCAUUCUCCAGAAUAAACAGCAUAGCCAGAAUUUGAAGGAAGAGCCCCAAUAUGUCGCUGUUAAUCACCAGCCAUGUACUACUUGUGGUCAGCAAAUCCAAGAAACAACCAACAGUCCCGCAUGUCAUGAAGUUCAACGAACGGGCAGCGAUCCUCAGUGUGGCCAUGAAAGAGAGGGAGCUUUUGAUAACAACCGUGGUAGCUACCCAUCGGGUAGCACAUCACAAGCAGGCUCUUAUAUCGUCAACGAGAUUCUAGCCCCAAUCCUCCACGCAAUAAUCAAUAGGCACGGGGACAUUGCAAAAGAUUGCUCGCUGGAGUCCGGAUACAUGCGGACUUCUGCCCUGGAAGGAAUUUGCAAGAUUGUCUUAGAACUUCAAAGAAUUCGGCUGACUGAAUUUGACAGUGUCCGCUUGUCUUCCUAUAAUUCUAUUUUGAAAGAUGCCGACAAGAUGAAAAUUGAUGUGAAAUGGCUGCAAGACCGACUUGAUCAAAUCCAAGAAGUGGUAGAAUCAAAUGUGGAGGUUAAGAAAUUAAUUGAUUUAAAGACAAAGCGCAUGGAACAGGUUGAGGGUACGAAAACAGAACUGCAGAAUCUUCUAUCUGAAAUUGAAGCAAAAGAGCGUCAGUUGGAACAGCAGACACUAGAGAUUGAAGAGCUGAGCGAUUCCAUCAUUGGCAAGAUUGCCGUAUCCCAGAGGUUCCAGGGUAUGUCUUUGUUGGACGGCCUUCUUUAGAUACACCUUUCUGGUGUCUCUCUUUCGACUCAUCUUAUGGUUCUAUUUUAAUAGUUUUUUUCCAUGUUUUUUUUUAGUUUUCUUCCAUGUUUGUGACUCAUCUUAUAGUUAGAGCUAGGUAUUCCAGAGGGAAAGGGAGAAGAAGCAGGGACAGUAGCAUGAAGUUUUUUGGCUUGACAUUUCCCCCAUCUCUUGAAAACAACCGGAUUUUGAAUUGAUCCAGUAAAUCAGAGUUGGUCAAUCAGAACCUAUGAACCUGAUGACCUUUUUGAGAGCGAGAGGAGUUUACUGGGAUCAUCUAUUGUAACCCUAUGUAGUCUUGGAUAUAUUUGUUUUAUAUGAAUUUAACUUCUUAAUUUAUUUUUAUUUUUAUUUAUUUA